CUGCGUCGGCCCAGCCUCAAGUCGAGGACAAACCUCAAACGCCGCAAGUCCACCUUGUCAACGCAGGGGGUUGUCCUUGAGCAUCACGACCCGGCGCUGGCACAACGGGAUGCUCAUAUUGCGGCUUAGGAGGCCUACGUCAGAGCCCAGAGCCGUAUCAUGGCAGAACCGCCGCUCUUCCCCAUGACUCCCCAGUCGUCUCCUCAACGCCCACUUUCGGGACUUACCGCUCCCGAUUGGAAAGACUCUGCUCGGAAUGAGGCGCAAGGCCUCCCUCGUCGUCAGAGUGUUCGGUUUAUAGGGCCUUGUUCAACACUGGCGACGAGUCGGGACGCCCCCAAGUCAUGCAGCCCUACCGGUAGGAGCCGGGGCGCAAUGAACACACAGGAGAGCCAAAAGGUCAGCAACCGAAAUAGUAGCGAGGGGAAGUCGAACACAGAGGCACUCGGUCUGCCCAGGAGAGUAUCGCCUCCAAUUCACGUUUUCCCGAUCGCGGCGAGCUACCUUGAUUCCCUCAGUGCCGCCCAAGAAUCAUAUACUCCUGAAGACGACAUAGCCUCUGCCCCGUCCUCAUACCGCCGCCUGCAUAGGUCCAGAUCCAUGCUCACAGAUCUUCCGGGGGUGCGAAGUUGCCAUGAAAGCUCUGGGCAGCCUCUAACCAGCAUAUCCCUGAGAACCAGGCCGUUUUAUGCAUCAACUUCGCGCAGAUUGUUCCAUUCGGAGCCCAACCACGAUAAUUCGUCACGAGAAGUCCAGACAUUGAAGGCUCCGAAGUCAAUGAGCUUUUUGACCACCCGGAGGUCCCGGUCCAGAUUUAGUCUCAACCGAGAUGGGAGUGCGUCAGGUUCGGUUCCCUCCGGCUUACCCGAUGUCCCCGAGGAUGGAUUCUCUGGUGCCGAAGGACGCACGCCACAACCCAAGCACAAGUCAUCUACAUUUAUCGGUUCCAUGAGCCGCCGUUCAGACCCUACAAUGCCCAAGUCUCUUCGCGGCAGCAGCUCAACUGAAGAUUUUGGGGCAGCAACCCUCGAGUCCCAGCAAUGCCCGCAACAAUCGAUUACUCUGAAAUCCAGAGCUAGACAUGUCUCGAGGUCUCUCAGAGUCAAGUUGAAGAGCUUGUUUCUAACCUCCAAGCCGGAGGGAGAGACGCCCUCGAUCCCAUGCCAACACAUUGAGGCACGAAGGACUCAUGUUGUCACCCACAGUCAGACGCCAUGCACCAGCGUCGAAGGAUCAGCUGAAGGAUCUCGAGAACAUAUACGCAGCCCUCCAGCCAAGGCCCCCUUUUUGCAUGUACCGGCCGAGCUUGUUCAUUCCAGAAAGGCGAGCGUGGAUAGUCUAAAGAGCGGGCGAGAUGAUCGCAAAGUAUCAGGCAGCUCGUCGUCACUGACCAGCUGGGCACAUUCCGGGCCCAGCACGCUCACGAGCCAGGAGCAGCAGCAGUGGAGAGAGUGGGAAAAGCAGCGCCUCUCCGUUAUUGGGGAGAAUGACGCACAUGUCCCCUCGCCCUCCCUCCGGAGACGAGUGCUUGGCUCGGAAACUUUUCGACCGCCCGACGGGACUGCUGAAGGCCAUGCUCCUCCUCAACAGAAGGUGGACAGCCAGCGGAUUUACUCGGCCCUCGUUAAGCGGAUGCAGGCGACGAAUGACACCAGGGAAGGACUGGAGGAACAGCCUGCGAGCGGUAUCCUCGAAAACCCUACGUUGGUGACGGACAAGAAGGCUGAAAGACAUUCCACUGGAACGCCUGCAACAGUCAAGCGUGUCUUCCAGGAGCAUGAAUACACGGCGGUGUCCCACGAUGAGGAUCUCCUGAUAGCGGGAAACAGCGCUACUCUGGGGCGAGGGGAAGCAUGUUCAGGUUGGCGGACGAGCAAUGUCGGCAGUCCUGGCUCGCACCUCUUCAGAACAGGAAGCCCGUACCGGCGUGCGCUUAGAAAGUCAAUACAGGAAGAGCAGGACGCCUGGGCUCAGCAGAGAGCCGCGGCAGAUCAAGAAUCGGAGAAGGGCACGGAGAUUCGCUACGCGAGUGAUGUCCACCACCUGCCGGAAACCGACUCCGACUCGGCCAAGGACCUCGUCUACUCCGAGAGUGCGUAUUCCUCGGACGAGGGCGAGAGUGGACCCGCAAAGGAGGUGGAUGCGGGCAGACGAAAGAGCUCCCUGGGUGCACCACCCAUGUCCCGCCUAGGCGGACGCCGCGAAGCGUCAACAGCCAGUUCAGUGGGGUGGAAAACACUGCUAUCAGCCAACUUCGACAGAUUCGACCCUGCCGUAUCUCCGUUGAGGCCAUCCAAGACACGACUCAUCCAGCCCCGGGAGGUCUCCAGGACCGCCACAAAGCAGUUCGCAUCCGUCAGCGGCCACGUCCGCGAGCUGGCCCAGAUCAAUGAUGACAACGACUGCGACCACAAGAGCAGCGAGACCUACAACGGAGAGGACGACGUCUUCUACCAGUCUGCCACCGAACGCCAAACAGCGUGGACAAACACAGCACCGCUCAGUCAAGUUCAACCAAACAUCAUCACCAAUCCCUUUCCUUCACCUCUCCGGCACACCGGGUCUAUCAAACGGCGUUUCACAUCUCACUCUUUGGGCGGGACCAAUAUCGCCUCCAGCAAUCUGCUCGUUGAGAAUGAGAGCCCAACACGCUUGCCCCCGCCGUCGCCGCCGUCUCCUCCACCCAUACCGCCUAGGAGCAAGUUGCGGCCUGAGCCGCUACGGAUCUGGAGGCCGAAUGCUGGUGAUGCUGACGUUGCCACCAAUCCGGUGGCGUCUGGAAGCGGGAGUGCCAGUGUGCUGUCAAGCCCUGGGUUGACGGAGGCUGUGCGGAGGCAGUUUGGCGGAAAUCUUGUUGGUCUGGGUUCCGGGUCCGGGUCAAGGGUUGGGUUUGGAUCUGGGCUUAACGGCGAUGGGCCAAAGGGGGAGCGCUGGGGAUAUAGUGGUCCCCCGGGAAUCGCACAGGUUCUGGAAGAGGGUGCGGAAUGUGAGAAGAGGGGUUGGGGCGAUGAGGGUUCCGCUUUUGUCUGAAUGUGAGAAUAAAAUUAUUAACUUUCGAGACAGUUUGGGUGCCCUCGGGGAAAGGAGUUAAUUAACGUCGGGAUGGUUGGGAAGUGUGGCGCUAAGGGAGAGGGUUGGAAUGAAGUGGCG